UAAGAUAGGAUGGGAGGGGAGAGGAGAGGAGAGGGAGUGUUAUCCACUUGGAAAAAAUGGCAUGUUUAUGGACUUGUAAUAAUUCAGGGAAAGUUUGUUCCUCCUUUUCACCUUCAACCCUUCAUUUCUCUUCCUUCCAACGCCUCUCAUUCAACCACAACCGCCCUUGUCCUUCGAGGCCUCUCACUCUCAGAGCAGUCGAAACUAGUGAGCGAUCGGUAUCAGCAGCAGCAGCAGCAGCAACAGAAGAGGAAGAGGCUUGUGUGAACUUCGCCUUUGUCAGCUCGGUUUUGCUACCAGAUGGGACACCAGAUGUGCAGCUAAGGAAAGCAACUGGUGGCCAAAAACUUAGAGACAUAAUGCUCGAUGCUAAUGUCGAGUUGUAUGGACCUUAUGCAAGACCUUUGCUCAAUUGUGGGGGAGGAGGAACUUGUGCUACAUGUAUGGUUGAGGUAGUUGAAGGGAAGGAGCUAUUGAACCCUCGUACUGACAAGGAGAAGGAAAAUUUAAAACGGCAUCCAAAGAAUUGGAGGCUUGCUUGUCAGGCCAUAGUUGGUAAACCGGAUUCUAGAGGCAUGAUGGUUAUUCAACAACUUCCGGAAUGGAAAGCACAUGAAUGGAAUUAUAGAGGAUUACCACCUGUUGAGGAAGAAGAAGAAGAAUCAGUUUCCUCAUCUUCAACUUGAUAUUUUAUAUAUUAUAUAGUAUCUGUCACAAUAACCUCAGAAUGAUAAAAGUUGGUCUUGCUUUUUGAGUCCAAUUAUAUAUGAUCGCUUCAUCCUCUGUAAA